AUGCCAUCACGCGACCGUUUAGACUGGCUGUACGCUUUCCAAACCAGGACAGAUUGGUUCUUGACUAUUGGGGGCGGCCUACAGCAGGUUACUACUAAUCUUCGCAACCCCCACGCCCAAUUCCCUUCUACUGUUCUGCUAAUCGGUACCAAGGAGAGGGAAGCUGCACACCAAGCGCUUUUUCCGGGUCGGCCUCAUUCAAAAUCCCGUGGUCUAGCACAAGUGCAUGCAGACGACUCAACGUCAGACGCUAAACAUCCACUGUUAAUUGCUAGCCUGGACACCGACAAUGCUUGCGGCAAACAGAAGCCACCGCAAAAGCAUACAGGACACGCGCAUCAUAAAGUUAUGUGGCUAUCCGAGAAAACACCAGUGAUCGGAACCGAAUCGCUGGUUGAAACUAUAGUCGGCCGGUUGCUGCUGCUGUUCGCCGACGUCGUCUGUCUUUUUCUAGACGACUUCUCUACUCGUGAAGAGGGAAUUCAGUUCCUACAAAGAUGUACAAGACAUAGUAGUCUUUCGCCGAGCUGGAAGCCUCAGGUUAUCUUUGUCACUAGGAACACAUACAAGCCUAAGAAUGACCCUAAUCUACCAACGUUUGGUGGCAUUCAGCACGUGAUAUUACCGGCAAAUAGCCGCAAAAUCCCACUUUCUCGUAGAUAUCUCUCCUUGAAGAAGACUAUGCUCUCAGAUAUUGAGAUGGUAAGGAAUAGUAGAGAGGCCUCUCAGAGGCUCUAUUCGGCAUACCACCUCAAUGUCUUCUUCGAGUUGGCAUUACGACACGUUGCGACAUGCACCACCCCACCGUUCAAUUUCAUCCUCGCUACGCGCCAAUGCAAUCGAAUAGAAGAUGAUCUCUGGAAUCAUCUACAGAGCUUUUUGGAGUUGUGCACUGUCAAUUACGUCCCUAAGGAAGCUGCCUUGGAGUAUAUGGCAUCUGCACUCAUGUUAGACAGCUUUCCACCGGGAAUGCAUCGAGGCCUUAUCGUGCUCAUGUUUCUUUUGCGCCAGAAUAUUGACGAGUGCAUUGGUACCUUUAAGCAGCUGGCAGAACGGGUAUUUCUUCCUCGCCAACCGUUUGGAAACUCUCUUCUUGCGAAGAUCUGUGGCUUCCUAUCUUCUUUGCUAACCGAUAGCUUAUACGGAGCUGCCGAAAUGGAAGCGUGCGUGAAAGAGGCAUUUGGAGCGGAUACUGCUCUAUUCGGCAGUACGGUCCCUGACGUGGGUAUAUCGGGACCAAAAGUAGCAGUUACUACAAUGGCCGUGUCCAAUUCGAGACUCUGCAUCCUCUCUAAUUACAAUGGAGCUGGAGAUCGGCACGGUAAAAGCUUGUAUCCUAUCUUCAGGUACAAGACUAAUAGACGACUGCAGGUUACAAACACUAUCGAGCUUCUGACGCGGAAGAUGAGAUUCUUGUCUGCGACGCGUAGGUCCUGUCCCUUUCUUCAAGCUCUCAAAUUAAUCUUGUUCAGUGCUAGGGCAACAUCUGCCGCUCCCUCCUACUUCCCAGCAAAGUUUAUCCGGGGUUUAGGACUUGUUCAGGAUGGAGGUGCAGGAAAGCACAAUAAUCCAAUCGACCCCGCAGAGUGGGAAUCGAAAGCUAUUUGGGACGGCGACCCAGACCUAGCUGUUUCAAUAGGCACAGGAUUUGCUCAAGAUCCUGAUUCACCGCAGACUGUGUCCGGAAGACUGCGUUUGCGUGAUCGCUUCUUCCCGCGCUUGCUUCGACUUUUCAACGCCAUGUUAAACGCCCAGAGCGGUUGGGAGGAUCACCUAAACCGAGUACAUAAAGACGAACGACACAAAUACUUCCGCAUCAACAUAGCUAUGGACCGGGAGCCUCCGCUUGAUGAUGUUGGUAAGAUUCCGGAACUAGAAAACUUGGCCACGACUUUCCUUCAGGGUUACGACUUCUCUAGUAUUACUCAGGCGCUCUUUGCUGCUUCAUUCUUCUUUGAACUUCACCGCAAGCCGGUCGCGAGAGGGACGUCUGUUUGCUCAGGCUCCAUCCGCUGUCGAAGCCCAGACACACGGGCGCUGAUUGAGAGAAUUCUGCAAGAAUAUCCGGCAGCCUCAUUUACUACAAAAGAUGGCGCUAACUUGGGCUACAUCGGCGGCUGCAGUCUCUGUGCUAAAUGUGGUCAUUAUCGCAAGGUGGUCAACUUCAAGGUCUACCACGUUGAUCAGAGCGUGUCCAUUCAUAUGCAAUUCAACCGAUUGGGGCGGCAUAGAAUUAGCGGAUUUCCACAGUCUAUAACACAAUUCGCAAGGCUCCAGUUGCUAGACGCUGCGUUUGGCAGAGCAGAUCAUCAAAUCGCGGACUAUGCGGGUACAAGCGGUUUACAACUACUGGACUUUGCUUGUGUUCGACGUUUUCGGGCAAUGCUAUCAAAGUCACCACGGGAGAAAGCGGAGCGCAAAGAGCUUGAUCGAUUAAUUCAAGAUGGCAUCACGGAAAGACAGCGAUAUGACCGAGCACGCCGUAAACGAACUGAAAUCAAUAAUGAUGCUCAAGCCGCCACUGUUCGUUACUCGUAUCCAUAG